GCCCGCCCGCGCCCCCCCGCCGCAGCCCCCCCCCCCGGCGGCGCCUCCCGGCCGGCCGCGCUGACCCCCCCGCGACGGGCGGGGCGGGCGGGGGGUGCGGAGCCGCCAUGGGCCCCGCCCGCGGCUGAGCGCCAGGGCCCCAGGGGGCCGGACGGGGACCAUGGCCCGGCUGCCGCUGCCCCUGCCCCUGCCCCUGCUGCUGCUGCUGGUGGCGCCGGCGGGGGCCAGGGCGCAGCACUGCCCCGGGCGCUGCAUCUGCCAGCACGUGGCACCCACGCUGACCAUGCUGUGCGCCAAGACGGGGCUGCUGUUCGUGCCGCCCGCCAUCGACCGGCGCACGGUGGAGCUGCGGCUGACGGACAACUUCAUCACGGUGCUGCGGCGCAAGGACUUCGCCAACAUGACCAGCCUGGUGCACCUUACCCUGUCCCGCAACACCAUCAGCCAGAUCCUGCCGCACGCCUUCGCCGACCUCCGCGCCCUCCGCGCCUUGCACAUGAACAGCAACCGCCUGGCGGCCGUGCGCCGCGACCACUUCAGGGGCCUGGCCAACCUGCGCCACCUCAUCCUGGGCAACAACCAGAUCCGCCGCAUCGAGCCGGGUGCCUUCGACGACUUCCUGGGCACCGUGGAGGACCUGGACCUGUCCUACAACAACCUGGACACGCUGCCCUGGGCGGCGGUAGGGCAGAUGACCAGCCUCAACACGCUGACGCUGGACCACAACCUCAUCGAGCACAUCGCCGAGGGCACCUUCGCCCAGCUCCACAAGCUGGUGCGGCUGGACAUGACGUCCAACCGGCUGCAGAAGCUGCCCCCCGACAGCCUCUUCCUCCGGGCCCAGGUCCAAGCCGAUGCCCGGGGGGCGGCUCACCCGGGCACGCUGACCGUCAGCUUCGGGGGCAACCCGCUGCAUUGCAACUGCGAGCUGCUGUGGCUGCGGCGCCUGACGCGGGAGGACGACCUGGAGACGUGCGCGUCCCCCGAGCACCUCAUGGACAAGUAUUUCUGGAGCAUCCCCGAGGAGGAGUUCAUGUGCGAGGCGCCGCUCAUCACGCGCCAGUACGCCAGCCGGGCCUUCAUCGUGGAGGGCCAAGGCGUGUCGCUCAAGUGUAAGGCCGUGGGCGACCCGGAGCCCUCCAUCCACUGGAUCGGGCCCGACGGGAAGCUGGUGCACAACAGCUCCCGCGCCACCGUGUACGACAACGGGACCCUGGACGUCCACAUCACCACGCUCAAGGACGACGGGGCCUUCACCUGCAUCGCCUCCAACGCGGCCGGCGAGGCCACGGCCGCCGUGGAGGUGGCCAUCGUGCCCCUGCCCCUGCUGGUGAACCACACGGGGCAGGGCCGGGAGCCCGACCCCGGCUCCUCUGACAUCACCACCUCGGCCAAGUCGGGCGCCAACGAGAGCAAGGUGCCGGCCGACCGGCGCAUCGUGGCGGCCGAGCUGACAUCCAGCUCCGCCCUCAUCCGCUGGCCCUCGGAGCGCCACAUCCCCGGGAUCCGCAUGUACCAGAUCCAGUACAACAGCUCCCUCGACGACUCCCUGGUCUACAGGAUGAUCCCGUCGUCCAGCCGCACCUUCCUGGUGAACGACCUGGCGGCGGGGCGGGCCUACGACCUGUGCGUGCUGGCCGUGUACGACGACGGCGUGACGGCGCUGACGGCCACGCGGGUGGUGGGCUGCGUGCAGUUCACCACGGAGGGCGAGGCGGCCCGGUGCCGGGCGCUGCACACGCAGUUCCUGGGCGGCACCAUGAUCAUCAUCAUCGGCGGCAUCAUCGUGGCCUCGGUCCUCGUCUUCAUCAUCAUCCUCAUGAUCCGCUACAAGGUGCAGGGUGCCCACGACGCCGCCCCCGCCGCCAAGGUCAGCAGCGUCUGCUCACAGACCAACGGGGGCACCCCGGCCCCCCCGCCUGCGUUGCAGAGCCCCGCCCCCAAGCCCCCGGAGGACCCCCCGCCCGAGGAGGCGGGCCCUCCGGCGCCCGAGGAGGUGGAGCCCCAUGACGCCCCUCCCCCCGACCGCCCGUUGACCCCGCGGCCGGACCCUGUGGCAGCUGCGGAGCCCGCCGCGGAGGUGCCCGGGGGGGCGCGGGGGGCCGUGCGGCGGGAGCUGGCGAGGACUCACCCCCACCGGCACUCCUUCGACGGGGACUAUGCCCUGUUCCAGAGCCACAGCUACCCCCGGCGGGCACGGACAAAGCGCCACAUGUCCACGUCCCAGCUGGACGCCCGGGACUCCCCCCUGGGCCCGCGCCGGGUCCUUUUUAGUAGCACCGAGUGGAUGUUGGAAAGCACCGUCUGAUGCCACUGAGCUGGACUGAUUUGUGGGGGGGGAGGUGGAACCCCCCCCUCUUCUCUGGACCACGGAGCCCAUGCGCCGGUCCUAUAGGGAGUGGGGCACUUUUGGGAGGAGGGGGUUGAGGCAUCCCAUGCCUCCUUCUCCUACCCCCCCACCUGGGUGGAGGAAGGGGGGGUAUCACGGAGCAGCCCCCCACCCUCGCCUGCCACGUCCCCGCUCUCUGCGGUGCCUUAACACGAGACGGACGGACGGACAGCCCCCCCCGGCCCGUGGCAGGGCUUUGGAGGAGCGAGGGGGGUGGUCUGAGCGGUGGCGGGGGGUGGGGUGCAGAGCGGGGGCUGCUCCCCCCCCCGCCCGCGAUGGACUCACACAAAGACAUAUAUGCACAGAAGACACGAUAUGCCCCAUGCCCCGUUGCCCCCCUCCCCGGGGUCAAACUCACCCGCUCCAGGCCCCUGGGGUUGUUGGGGGGGGAGUUGGGGGCUGUAUUUAUUGUAUCUGGCUGGUCUAGAUAAUUUUCAGUGUUCGGUGUAUUCGGUAUCCCCAAGUCAUCCCCCCCCCCCCGACCUCCCAGCACCCCCAGCCGGACCCCCUCCCAGCCCCCCCACCUUCCCUCCAUACUCCCACCCCCCGUCAUGACUUUUUAAAGGUAAAGCGACGUUUGAGUGUUGAACACAAGUUUUUACAUUAAAAACCUGUGCCCCCACCCCCCCUGCACCCCCCCUUCCCCCCCGGCUCCCUUGUCCCUGGACCCCCCAGCCCUCAUUCCCCCUCCCCCGGGCAAAUAAACCUUUUGUGUGUGAACCGCA